GCGCCAGCUCCUCUCAAAACUCUACGCGAGGCAGGCGGUUAGUGCGUUCCACUCCCGAGCUCUUCCCCCCAAAAAAAGCAGGAGUAAAGAUGUUCAGAACUACAAGGUCCCCCAUGAUGCAACCCCUGGUCAACUCAGGAAUGGGCAUGGCUCCCUUCUUCAAGGUGACCGUGUUCGAGCAGGAGCAUUUUCAGGGCAAGUGCCUGGAGUUCACCUCCGAGUGCUGCAACAUCCAAGAUUGUGGUCUGGAUAACAUCCGCUCCAUCAGGGUGGAGAGCGGCGCCUGGGUUGGUUUCGAGCACCACGACUUCCAAGGCCAGCAGUUCAUCCUGGAGAGAGGAGAGUACCCUCACUGGGACUCCUACAGCGGCUCCCUCUCCUACCACGUGGAGCGUCUCAUGUCGCUGCGCCCCAUCUACUGCGCUUCUCACCAAAGCAGCCGCAUGAUCAUCUUCGAGAAGGAGAACUUCAUGGGUCGCAGCGUGGAGAUCUGUGACGACUACCCCUCUCUGCAGGCCAUGGGCUGGCUGACGCCCGAAGUGGGCUCCAUGCACGUGCAGUGCGGCGCCUUUGUGUGCUACCAGUUCCCCGGCUACAGGGGCCAGCAGUACAUCAUGGAGUGCGAGAGACACAGCGGCGACUACCAGCACUGCAAAAACUGGGGCUCCCACUCCCAGACCCCGCAGAUCCAGUCCAUUAGGCGCAUCCAGCACUGAGAGGACACCAAGGCUGAGACCCCCCCCCCCCAUGAUCUCCUGCUCCCACCUCUUGGGCUGAGCUGCAGCAGCAUCUCCAGGCCUCGACAGAUGAGUGUGAUAAGAGACAAUAAGGCACUGAUAAAGCACAGGGAAAGACACAGUCCAACACGCACACGCUGAUAGAGACGACACCCACAACCCGGGGGUCUUUUUAUUUGGUUUGAGGGCCAGACUCACAAACGCACACCUGAGCUGUGGUGGAAAAGGCGCUCAAGCGGGAGAACCUCCAAGGUGAGGUGCAGCUCAGGUGUGCUCUUAUUGUGUGGAGGUUGAUAGCAAUAAACUCAUUUUCACCUCAA